GUGCUGCCACUUCAGCGAGAGAUACCAUUUUCAUCGACAUGUGAGGGAAUUCUCUCUGAGGAGAUUGCUGGACUGGGCUGGGGAAGGAGAUCGGGAUCGAGCUAGGAAGGGUUGAGGGUUGCGACAAGUCCUUGAGCGGUUGAGGUUAGUGGGUGCUUCAAGUGGCCCGGUGAUCGUACGUACAACUGGCCAGGUCCAGGGAGGAGAAAGGAUCCCCUGUGGUUGUAUCAAAUAGGGGUUCUUCAAUGUGUGCUAAACCUGUUGACAGCCUAUACAAAUAGAUUUCCACACUACUUUGAGUUAAGACACCGCAUAUUUAUCAUCUCCCUACCACUUAGAUAUAAUAAGUAUACAGAUCUUUUCCAGUUACCUCUGUGUGUGUGUGUGUGUGUGUGUGUGUGUGUGUGUGUGUGUGUGUGUGUCAGAGAGAGAGAGAGAGAGAGAGAGAGAGAGAGAGAGAGAAGGUGGAAGAGGGGGGUAUUCUUCCGAGGUUCCUGAAUGGAGAGCAGCAAGAAAAAGAAAAAGGCCAAGGGGAAGAACAAACGGCAGAAUCAGGAGAAGGAGAGUAAUCAAGGAGACCAACGAUCGCGACAAAGCGUGAGCUCAUCGGCGCAGGGGAGUAAUCAAGGAGACCAGGGAUCCCGACAAAGCGUUGGCUCAUCACCGCAGGUCAAUCCGCCCGCACAGGUGGUGUCGGAUCCUUCCUCAAAGCCCGCCAAUGCCACGGCCACUGCCACCUCCACCGCUGCUCCGCGAGAGGAGGCACGCGCAGUGGGACCUGUUGCCAGAGGUAGAGCGGGGGGACUCUCUGGUCCCACGGGAUGGGCCCAACAGGAUCGUCAGAAAGAGGCGAUCAUAGAGUCUUUUCCUCCUGAGGCAGCCGCGUCGGCGGUUGGCGGGCGCGUGAACUUUACAGCGGGUCGUGCGGAGGAGAAAGGACAGGUGGCAGACCAGGCGCGAGCGAGGCCGACUGCUGCAGCGGGGAGGCGAACAGCAGGAGGAGGAGGAGGGGGAGGUGGAGGAGGAGGAGGAGGAGGUGGAGGAGGUGGAGGAGAGGGAGGAGGCUCGCGGUUACGGGCACCCGAUCGCUACUCCCCUGCUCCCCCUGCCUAUGAUGGGUUGUCGGACGAUGAUCGGCGCAAUCACGAUGACGUGGCCGAAGGGGGGCAAUCAAGAAGGCGGGGGAAUCGGAGAGAUAAAGUGGCGAUGGCGGAGGCGGAAGGGGAAGGUGGGGGGGACGGGGAGGAGACGUCCGAUGCGACGAGCCCAAUUCGUGUGAAGUCAGUGGGCUCGGGCGGGGAAGAGGGUGGCAACGCUGCCGCAGGCGGGGAUCUCGAUCUCGCCGGCGUCGAGAUCUCGACAGCACGUGACGUCGCCCGCCUCCUUCCGAGCGGCGCCGCCGCUGUCGCCCCUCCUUCGCCUGCUUGGCAGCUCAAUGGCAGCGGCGGCGGCGGUGGCGCCGAGGGCGCUCGGCUUCCGCCGCUGGGACCCCGGCCGCCGUCCUCGGCUGACCACCUGGACUCUCUGCAGGGCCCGGAAUUGGUGAGGCGGGCGAGGGGGGGGGAAGGGGGGGGGGGGGGGGGGGGGGGGGGGGGGGGGAAGACAGUUGUUGAUGGAAGUACACGUGGCGAUUCCUCGUCGUGGGGAAAUGGCAACCUUGAGGAGGAAGGGUCGGGGAACUCGGUGGUGGGUGCGAUAGUCGGCGGGAGUGCAAGUACGGAAGCGUGGGGAAAUAACAGAGUAGUUGGAGGGGGAGGAGGAGGUGGUGCUGGGAGGGAAGGGGGCGGGGGGGUGGCGGGAACUGAGCGCGAAGUGAGGAGAGCGCGGCGUCCUGCGCGAAGAGUAGGUGGGGGAAACCUCCCGCCUAAGGUUGGCAACGAUGCAGCGGAGUCGAGCCUCGACGAGGCGGCGUUUGGUUGUGGCGGCAGAUUAGCGCCGGCGGCUCUUGGGGGAGCAGGAGGGUGGAAGGGCUCCGCAUCUGCAUCAUCAAAGAGCGAAUUGCUAGAGGAUAUUGUUGUGAAGCUGAGGCAUCAACUGCUAAUUAGUGAUGGCGAGAGGGAGAGCAAAACGCACACCACGCUUCGACAACACCAGGAGCCAGUGUUGUUGAAGCGACGGGCUGACAGUAUUGAUGCGGGUAAUCUUGUGUCAUUGGAGAACCUGAGUAGGGAGAUAGAGGCGGAGAUGGAAGGGGAAGGGGAGGGGGAAGGGGGUAGAGGCGAGGUGGGAGAAAGGAGAGACGGUCACAGCAGUAGAGACUGGGAGAGGCAGGCACAGCAGCACAGAAUGGAGGAGGAGGGUGAGGAAGACGGAGCGCAGAGUCUAGAUGAGGGAGGUGAUGGGGAUGAAGGAGUUGAUGGCAGUAAGGAGGAGGAGGUGGUAAUCAAGAGGACGGCGAUGGCAAGGCUGUCACAGAACCUGGCACAGAAUCUGGCGAUGGCGAUGAUAACACAGAAUCAAGCUAUGGAGGAGGAAGGGUUGGAGGACAGGAGCGAGACGGCGGCUUCGGAGGCGUUCCGCGAGCAAGUUGAUUGGAAUGGAUCGGGAUCGGGAUCGGGAGUGGAGGUGGAGGAUAUGGUAGAAAGCCUGAGGGAGAAGCUAGAAAUGGAGAGAGAGAGCACGCAAGAACUGAGGGAGCAGUUGUUGAAGCUUGAGAGGGAGAAUGAGAGACGCAAGGAGGAGGUGGAGGACAUGGUGGAGAGUCUAAGGGAGCAGCUGGAAAGGGAGAGAGAGAAUAUACAGGCGCUCAGAGCGAACGUGUUGCGGCUAGAGGAGGAAAGGGGGAGGUUGCUAGCAAGGCAGUCCGAGCUCGAAAUUGCCUCCCAGGCCGUCGAGGAAGAACGUGAUUUGGCAAUCAAGGAUUUGAACGAACGUAUGGAGAAGGAGAAGGAGAUAGCCCGCGACCUGAGAGACCAGCUGAGGACGGUAGAGCAAGACUUAGCCUCGCGCGAGCUUGCAGGGGAGAGCAGAGAGGCGGAAAUGUUGCAGCUUCGUGAUGAGAACAGGUCCUUGUCCAUUGAGGUUGCUGCAUGGCGGCUGAAGGUUGAUCAACUGCAGUUGGAAAAAACGCAGCUGUCAAACAAAUUGUCAGUGGUACAGAGCGGCAUGCAACACUUGGAGAGAGAGGUUGCUGUGCAGUCCAGAGGCAUGCAACCCAGGUAUUCUUUUGGGCUGGGAGGCCGUGCAAGGGAUCCGAUUGCUGAAGCAGCAGCGUUAGCUGAAGAGUCUCGACUGCAGAAGGAAGCGGCUGCAACAACAAUUCAGAAGCUUGUCGUGGAGAACGAUUCUCUCAUGGCCAAAGUGAAUGAGCAAAGCUUGCUGUUAAACAAUUUAAGGCAGGAGAACAAGGAGCUCUCAGCUGCACUUGACAGGCGCCAUGAUGGACGACAACCUCCCAUGGAUGAUGAUGGUCUGCUACGGACAGCCAGAGGAGAUCAUGAUGACAAUGGGUUCCUUCAUCAGCCAAGAGUGCCUCCGUCCGAUGCUGAACCUUAUGCUGUUGCCCACCAGCAAGGAGCGCCAGAAUCGCACUUUGUUCCAGCACCUGUCCGUCCAUUGCCUGCAGCAUCUUAUGGGGAAUUCGCGCAUGGGCUUCGUGAGCUGCAUAGGGAGGAUGCAGUUAUCGGUCAUGCCGCAGAGGCUCACUCGGGACAACAACUGGACUACUCCUCGAGAUCGUACCAUGUGUCCGCAGAGAUAACGCCAGCGCAAUUGAGCAAUGCCACCAUGUACACGGAGGGGGAUGUAAGGAUGCAGUCGCGUGCACAAGAUCUGCAUCAUUUUCCCGCUUUUCCGCAAAAUGAACAGUCUGAAGCAAAUGCCACGACACAGGAAAUGCCUUGGGACAAUGGGUAUGCGCAAUUUGAGGUACCAAGACUCGGUCAGAGCAGCAUAGACAGUGCGCGCUUGCCAGAGGCGGAGCUGGUUCCAGUUGCGGAGGAGGAGGAUGGGAAGGAAACAGAAGUUCAAAGGGUCGAUAGCAAUCAGGUGAGACGUGAAGUUGACGAAGGUGAGGAAGAACCUAAAAGUGCUAAACUUGUGGGAUUUACGGAUUCGCCGCUGACGGGAGCACCUUUCCGGUUCGUUUCCUUCUUGGCCCGGUACGUCAGCGGUGCAGACCUCAUCAAGUAAUGCGGACCGUUGUCAGUUGGUUGCCAGCUAGAGAGGCCUGUUCGUCGUUCUGGGAGCCUGUGAAUGCAGCUGCCGAGCAGCUGCAUAGGCUGCCUUUCCGGUUCGCGUUGUUCUCGGCUCGGUACGGCUGUGGUGCGGGCCUCGAAAGUAAUGCGGACCUUCAGUUUGUUGCCUACGCGAGGCCUGCUCGUCACGCUGGGAGGCUGUCAAUGCGACUGUGAAGCCAGCUGCGCCGGGGUCCCUUUCCGGUUGUUUCAGGGCAUACACACACUAGAACUUUUUCUACGAAUCUCUGGGCACGAUUGCAGUCAGAUUCGACCAGGUAUGGCUGUAAUUAUGGCCAGAUGCAUUUUGGAAGGUGCUUGUGCGAGCAUGCCCAAGCGGUCACAGACCUGGUCGAGUAACACGAGCCAUUGAUUGGUUGGCAACCGAAGGCCUGCUGCCCAUGCUGCUGCCGAUACUCACGAAUACAGCUGCUGAACACCGCUGACUUGGCCACACCAAGGUGAUAUAGGCCUUUGACACUGCUGUAGUGGCGGGUCAUGGGGCCCUCGAGCACCCCACAGCUACGGGGGGUCUGAGGUGGCUCAGUAGUGCCACGCCAUCUUGCCAAGUAUUGGAGGCCUUCAUGAACCCCUCGGCAACUACAUUACUGGGCCAGUUGUAGGGAAGACAGCCUCAACUACUGAACAACCAUGGCGGCGGGGUGGCGCAGUAGUGGAACCCAACCGCAAGAUUGCACCAGAGCUAUGCCGGCAAGGCGGACCUUACGCUGGCGAAGACAACGCACAGCACAAUGGCUUUUUCUGCCGACAGGCUGAAGUCAUGCUUGAGCAGCACAUUCCAGGACAUCUUCCUUUUGGCAAAGGUAAAGUGGGUUACAUCUUUGAGAACUGUAUCGAUAUGCCAUGCCAUCUGUAUCGAUAUGGUACAUCAAUGCCAUGCCAUCUGUGAGAAUGGUUUGUUGGUUGUGUCUCAGUGAGCAUGCUAGCCGUAUGUCUGUUGUCAUACUAGCCAUUUAUGCUCACCGAUGGUAGAGAGGGCACAGUGAUCUAGAUGAUCUCUGGGCUUAGAACUGAAAUCGGACAGCAGCAAUGCAUUACGUGCAAGGCAAGGCCACAGAUGCUUUUGAGGGCGCUCGUGUUUGCUGAAGCGAUUACUGCCACCCUUUGAACUACCUUCUUCCCCACGAACACAACUUACAGUCAUUAUUGCUGUAUUUGGGGUUUCUUCCAGUCUAAAUACAGCUGUAAUGACCGUACGUCAUAUUCGAGGGAAGAAGGUUGAGUUGGAUGGCAGCAAUGUAUUACUUUUUGUGAUAAACGAGACCGCGGCCAUGGAUACUUGAGCAGGAGAUGGCACCAGCUGAGGGAAACUGGCUGGAGAAGCCGCACACACGCUGAAUUGCCAAGUUUUCGUCAGAGUGAUGAGGAGCUGCACGAUGAUGACGUCUUGGCUGCUGCGCGAUUGGUCAUGAGAAGUCCAUAUCCAGUCCAUGAUGUGUUCAUGAUGAUGGGUGGUCGUAAGGUCCGCCCAAUCUUCGGCGAGGCGACGUCUUAUGAUGAGGGAACCCGGCCUUCCACUCUGCUCCAUCGAGCUUUAGUCGAAAUGAGGCGAGAGGUGAUAUCUUAUGCUGAGGGAGUCCUGUCUUCCACUCUGCUUCACUGAGCUUAAGUCGUGAUGAGCGAGGCUUCGUCGAGCUUUAGUCGAAAUGAGGCAAGAGUUGAUAUCUUAUGCUGAGGUAGUCCGGUCUUCCACUCUGCUUCACUGAGCCUAAGUCGUAAUGAGCGAGGCGAGGCGAUAUUUUAUGAUGAGGGAACCUGGUACCAUGAGCGAACUUGGUUUCCAGUCGCGGCUUCGUCGAGCUUUAGUCGGAACGAG